ACGUUCCUUGUCGGACUUUCCCGCUGGUGCCGGCAGGCGGCGACAAAUCUCCUGGUGGGGCGCUCUGUCAGGCAUGCACACCUCUGUGGUGCCAGACUGCAAGCACUGCCGCUGCACUUCCGGGCGCGGAUCCAGGAUGCAGAAGGUCUCCGUGCUCCUCUUCCUAGCCUGGGUCUGUUUUCUUUUCUACGCCGGUAUUGCACUCUUCACCAGUGGCUUCCUUCUCACCCGUCUGGAGCUUACCAAUCAAAGCAGCUGCCAAGAGCCCCCAGGCCCUGGUUCCCUGCCCUGGGCACGUCGAGGAGAGCCCGGGGCCUGCUGGAUGCCUUCCCGCUUCUCCAGGGUUGUUUUGGUGCUAAUAGAUGCUCUGCGAUUUGACUUUGCACAGCCUCAGCGCGCGCCUGCGCCUGGGGAACCUCCUGUCUCCGUGCCUUUUCUGGGAAAAUUAGGUUCCUUGCAGAGGAUCCUAGAGAGUCAACCCCACCAUGCCCGGCUGUACCGAUCUCAGGUGGAUCCCCCCACAACCACCAUGCAGCGUCUAAAGGCUCUCACCACUGGCUCGCUGCCUACUUUUAUCGAUGCUGGCAGUAACUUUGCCAGCCAUGCUAUAGCGGAAGAUAAUCUCAUCCAGCAGCUCAACAGUGCAGGAAGGCGUAUAGUCUUCAUGGGAGAUGAUACCUGGAAGGACCUUUUCCCCGGAGCCUUUUCCCAAGCUUUCUUCUUCUCGUCCUUCAAUGUCAGAGACCUGCACACGGUGGAUAACGGCAUCCUAGAACGCCUCUAUCCUACCAUGGACAGUCGUACGUGGGAUGUGCUGAUCGCUCACUUCCUGGGUGUGGACCAUUGUGGUCACAAGCAUGGCCCUCACCACCCUGAAAUGGCCAAGAAACUUAGCCAGAUGGACCAGGUGAUACAGGGACUUAUCGAACGCCUGGAGAAUGACACACUGCUGGUGGUGGCUGGGGACCACGGGAUGACCAUGAAUGGGGACCAUGGAGGGGACAGUGAGCUGGAGGUGUCAGCCACACUUUUCCUGUACAGCCCCACAGCCCUCUUCCCUAGUGUCCCGCCCGAGGAGCCGGAGGUUAUUCCUCAGGUCAGCCUGGUGCCCACACUGGCACUGCUGCUGGGCCUGCCCAUCCCAUUUGGGAACACUGGGGAAGUGAUGGCUGAGCUCUUCCCAGGUGACAGUAACUCCUCCCGGCCUUACUCCUCUGCUCUAGCCCAAGCCUCGGCUCUCCACAUCAAUGCCCAGCAGGUGUCCCGGUUUCUUCAGACCUACUCAGCUGUGACUCAGGAUCUCCAAGUUAAAGAGCUUCAUCGGCUGCAGAAGCUCUUCGCCGCGGCCUCUGCGCGCUACCAGCACCUUCUGCAGGAUCCCCAAGAGGCUGAAGCAGCUCUGAGCGCGCUGACCACUGAGUUCCAGCAGUUCCUGCGGGGAGCUCGGGCCCUGUGCAUCGAGUCCUGGGCCCGCUUCUCUCUGGUCCGAAUGGCCGGGGGUGCUGCUCUCUUGGCCGCUGCCUGCCUUCUCUGCCUGCUCGCAUCCCAGCUGGCAGUAGCCCCAGGCUUUCUCUUCCGCCCGCUCCUGCUAAUGCCUGUAGCCUGGGGCCUAACAUGGACCACACUGUAUGCUGGAGUCUCGAUAACUACUGGGUCAAAGAUAGACUCAGUGGUUCUGGGGGCUGUGGCUGCUGCCGGUUCACUCCUCCCUUUUUUGUGGAAAGCUUGGGUCAGCUGGGGGUCUAAGAGGCCCCUGGCUCCCCUGCUUCCUGUCCCUGGACCCGUCCUAAUACUACUGCUCAUCCGCUUGGCUACCUUCUUCUCUGACAGCUUUGUGGUUGCUGAGGCCAGGGCCACCCCCUUCCUUCUGGGCUCUCUCAUUCUCUUCCUGGUUGCCCAGCUUCAGUGGGAGGGUCAGCUCCUGCCCCCCAAACUGCUCACGAUACCCCGCCUUGGCUCCUCUGCCCCAACCGCGCCCCCACGGCACAGUGGCACCCAUGCCCUGUGGCUCGGAAUUGGGUUGCUUUUCUUUACAAGGCUAGCUGGGCUUUUUCACCGCUGCCCUGAAGAGACGCCUGCCUGUCGCUCCUCUCCCUGGCUGAGUCCUCUGGCAUCCAUGGUGGGUGGUCGAGCCAAGAAUUUGUGGUACGGAGCCUGUGUGGGGGCGCUGGUGACCCUGUUGGUCGGUGUGCGCUUGUGGCUUCGCCGCUAUGGUAAUCUCAAGAGCCCUGAGCCCCCUGUGCUCUUUGUGCGCUGGGGGUUGCCCCUCAUGGCACUGGGCACGGCUGCCUACUGGGCAUUGGCGUCAGGAGCCGAGGAGGCACCUCCACGCCUCCGCGCCCUGGUCGCCGGGGCGUCAGCUGUGCUGCCUCGGGCUGUGAUGGGGCUCGCCGCCUCGGGGCUCGUGCUGCUGUUCUGGAGGCCUGUGACAGUGCUGGUGAAGGCUGGGGCUGCCGCGUCCAGGACCAGGACUAUCCUCACUCCCUUCUCAGGUCCCCCUACCUCUCAGGCUGACCUAGAUUAUGUGGUCCCACAAAUCUACCGCCGCAUGCAAGAGGAGUUCCAGGGCCGGCUCGAGAGGACCAAAACUCAGGGUCCCAUAACCGUGGCUGCCUAUCAGUUGGGAAGUGUCUACUCAGCCGCUAUGGUCACAGCCCUCGUCCUCUUGGCCUUCCCCCUUCUGCUGUUGCACGUAGAGCGCGUCAGCCUCGUGUUCCUGCUCCUGUUUCUGCAGAGCUUCCUUCUCCUGCAUCUGCUGGCUGCCGGGACGCCAGUCGCCACCCCUGGUCCUUUUACUGUGCUGUGGCAGGCAGUCUCAGCUUGGAUCCUCCUGGCUACCCAGACCUUCUACUCCACGGGCCACCAGCCUGUCUUCUCGGCCAUCCAUUGGCAUGCAGCCUUCGUGGGCUUCCCAGACGGCCACGGCUCUUCUACUUGGCUGCCCGCCUUGCUAGUGGGAGCGAAUACUUUCGCCUCCCACAUCCUCUUUGCAGUAGGCUGCCCACUGCUCCUGCUCUGGCCCUUCCUGUGUGAGCGUCAAGGGCCGAAGAAGAGGCAACCACUCCCGGGAAGUGAGUCCGAGGCUCGAGUCAGGCCCGAGGAGGAGCAGGAGGGGCCCCUGAUGGAGAUGCGCCUCCGGGACGCCCCGCAUCACUUCAACGCAGCCCUGCUGCAGCUGGGCCUCAAGUACCUCUUUAUCCUUGGCGCUCAGAUUCUGGCCUCUGCCCUGGCGGCUUCCAUCCUCCGCAGGCACCUCAUGGUCUGGAAGGUGUUUGCUCCCAAGUUCAUUUUUGAAGCUGUAGGUUUCGUCGUGAGCAGUGUGGGACUUCUCCUGGGCAUAGCAUUGGUGAUGAGAGUGGAUGGCGCUGUGAGCACCUGGUUCAAAAAACUAGUUCUGGCCCAGCAGAGGUAGCCCAGGCUGUGCAUGCUGGCUCCUGGCCGUGGAGAGUUGGGGACUAAUCCAGCCUGACCUGUACGGCUGCUGGAUAUUUGGCAAGAGACUCUGACAGAUUCUCAAACCACCCUAGAACCAGAGACUGCUCAACUCUGGGACUUUAUUAUUUUAUAACUGAGGAUCACCUGGAGCCUGAGCCCUAGCUCCCAAGUUGGAUGCAUCUGACGGACAACAGAGGCAUUCACCAAAGUGGAAUAAAAGAACAAUGUGAUCUGUCUGUAUCUAAGAUGUGUGGAGGUGCUCGCCAAGACAGGCUCUCCUCAGCAAGCAUGAGGAUAUGUGUCAUCUUAGGGCUUGGGUGACCCUUUGGCAAGAGGUCAUCUGGAUUCGCUGACCUCUGCCCAAACUGUUCCCGCUAUCCCACUCGUCCCACCCUCUGCCUUGUUGGUUUUGGUCAUUCUGAGCUUUAACUGAGAGCAGGGGACAAGCCCAGCGCCGUGGAGCACACGAACAUGUGUGAACACACACAGACAUGUGCGAACACACACAGACAUGUGCGAACACACACAGACAUGUGCGAACACACACAGACAUGUGUGAACACACACAGAACAUGUUUCUUUGUUUUUAAGAUUUAUUUAUUUUAUGUAUACGAGUACACUGUAGCUAUACUGAUGGUGUAGGCCAUCAUGUGGUUACUGGGAAUUUGAGUUCAGCAACCACAUGAUGGCCACUCCAGUUGACCCCACUCACUCCAGUCUAAAGAUUUUUUAUUAUUAUAUGUAAGUACACUGUAGCUGUCUUCAGACACUCCAGAAGAGAGCAUCAGAUCGCAUUACAGAUGGUUGUGAGCCACCAUAUGGUUACUGGGAUUUGAACUCAGGACCUUCAGAAGAGCAGUCAGUGCUCUUAACCGCUGAGCCAUCUCUCCAGCCGCAGAAUGUUUCUUUCUUUUUUUAUUCGAUAUAUUCUUUAUUUACAUUUCAAGUGAUUUUCCCUUUCUUGGAUCCCCCCUCCCCGAAAGUCCCAUAAGCCUUCUUCCCUUCCCCUGUUCCCCAAUCAACCCCUUCCUCUUCCCUGUCCUGGUAUCCCCUACACUGCUGCACUGAGCUUUCCAGAACCAGGGGCCACUCCUUCCCUUCUUCUUGGGCAUCAUUUGAUAUGUGGAUUGUGUCUUGGGUAUUCCAAGCUUCUAGGUUAAUAUCCGUUUAUCAGCAUACCAUGAGUGUUCUUUUGAGACUGGGUUACCUCACUUAGGAUGAUGUUUUCCAGUUCCAUCCAUUUGUCUUAAGAAUUUAAUGAAUUCAUUGUUUCUAAUGGC